AUGUCGUCGGUAUUGGAACAGCUGAUGGAGAUGGGCUUCACACAAGCUAGAGCGGAAAAGGCUUUAAAGUUUUCUGGCAACAAAGGAUUAGAGGAGGCCAUGGAAUGGAUUGUAGAGAAUGAUAGUGGUGAUGAGGAAAAAGAGGGGAUAAACGGAACCAGGGAAAAUGAGACAACGGACUUACCAUUAUCUUACAAAUGUGAUGAUUGCGAUAAGUGUCUCAGGAAUGAAGAUGAAGUUCAGGUGCAUAGUGCUCGUACAGGACACGUCAAUUAUUCACAGUGCUCAGAUGCAGUCUCAUCACUGACAGAAGAUGAACGUAGGGAACAAAUGAAGAAACUUCAGGAACUUCUGCGGGCCAAGAAAACCCAAAGAGAAGAACAAGAGAGACAUGAAGAGAUUGAGCGUGAAAAGAAAAGGCGUCAACAACACAAGACACUAAGUUCAGCUAAAGCGAAAUUCGAAGAAGAUGAAGUACGUCGUUUUGUCGAACAAAAAAAGCGUGAAAAAGAGGAGGAUCGAGCUUAUCUAGAGAAAUUGAAGGCUGAAAUUGCUCGAGAUCAAGAAGAAAAGCGUGCACGUACAGCUAGUGAAUUACCACUGAUAGCUCCGUCAAAUUCAACUUCUUUACCAACUGCAGUGCCGAAAACAAAUCCAACAAUUUGCCGUCUACACAUUCGUUUACCAUCUGGUCAGUCAAUCAAAGGAGAAUUCGGUGUCAAUGAACCCUUAAGUGCCGUUAUGUUAUAUGUUAGUCAAAAUUGGCCUAAUUCUUCAACUUUUAUUGACCCACAAUCUAUUCAGCUGAUGACUAGUUUUCCCAAACAAGAAUUUACUAGUGAAGAUAGAAAUAGAUCUCUUCUGGAUUUAGGCCUGUGUCCAUCUGCAGUUUUGAUGGUUCGACAAAUACCCCAAUAA